CGCUGGCGGCCGCCGUCGAGGGGUGCGAGGGCGUCUUCCAUGUCGCCUCCCCCGUCCCUGCGGAUAAGAUCGCCGAUCCUGAGUCAGAAGUCAUGGUGCCUGCCGUGAAGGGCACCUUAAAUAUUCUUGAGGUUUGUUCAUCUCUGAAGGUUCAGAAGGUUGUGGUGGUGUCAUCCACUGCUGCCGUUCAUUAUGAUCCCAACUGGCCUCAGGGUAAACCCAAAGACGAGAGUUGCUGGUCGGACAGAAAAGUUUGCCGGGACAAUGAGAUCUGGUAUUGUCUUGCUAAAACUGUUGCUGAAGAGACAGUUUGGGAAUAUGCAGAGAAGAACGAGCUAAAUGCUGUUACAGUAUGCCCUUGUAUUGUUUUGGGGCCACAAUUGCAACGUGUUGUCAAUACUACAAGCGAACUCCUUCUCUAUGUCAUAAAAGGAGGUCCUAAUGUGUUGAAUGACAUGCUGUGGCACAUAGUCGAUGUCCGUGAUGUGGCGGAUGCCCUGCUUCUGGUAUAUGAGAAACCGGAAUCAUCCGGGAGGUAUAUCUGCGCACCGAAUUACAUUAGCGCAAAGGCUAUGCUGGAGUUUCUAAAGAAGAGGUACCCUGACUACAACUAUGUAAAAUGCAAGGCUGAUGUGCAUCAGAACUCUCGUAUCACGCCGAUCGUGUCGGGAAAAUUGAGUGAUCUGGGCUGGAAGCCGAGGGCACUGGAGGAGACGCUUCUGGACAGCAUCGAAUACCACCGGAAGACGGGAAAUCUGCAGGAUGUGGAGGGACAGACCUACCGCCUUCCUGAUAUUUUCCGUCAUUUUCAAGCUGCCAACGAAUGAGUCGAGAGCGCAGAGCGGCAGUGGACAGUGCUUUAUACUUAUGUCAUUGUCCUUGUGACUGCUGAAUAUUUUAGGAAAUAGUUAAGGAUCUGCUGGGAAGAUGAUAGGAGACCAGAGAGAGUGAAGCUGCUCGUUGCCUCGCCGUAGAUUGGUUGUGGCAAACACAACUUUACGGUUCAGGAUCGUAUCCCCUGAUUUUCUGCUGUGCUGUGUCCACUGUCCAGGUUUCAUAAAUGACGCAAACUGUAUUACAAAUAUUGUUCAGAACAUUUUACACUUUGCCGCUC